UGCCCAGUGAGAGGAAGGCAGGUUGAUGUUGCCAGGAUCAGAGUAAUGCAGAAGGUGUCAUAUGCUGAGGCAGUGAAGAUAGUAGUAGUGGAAGAUGGGUCCAGGGGCAGGUAGAGGCCAGUAGAGAGUGAUAGGAAUAACAUGGGCUUUAGUAAGAUUGUUUUUUGAGGGGGCGUUCAUGGCCAGCAAUUCUACCACAGAAAUGGAACGCAAAUGACAGAGGGUAGAUGUUGUGGUGGCAGCUGCAGAGAAUUACUUGGGUUUACGAGAUUUCACUGCAUUCACAAAGUGUAAUGAAUUCAUACUACGGGAUAGUAGGCGGUGGCAUGCACCGCCUUGUUUGCGGACCGCCAUAAAACAAAGAUACAAUCUCAGUAUCUCCACUUACAUUCGAAUGUGAUAGCCAAGCCUACAUUUAGGCAUACUUCAUAGUCUAGUAAUGCAUACGAAAGGAUAGGCAGUGUUGUUUUAAAAUUGACCAUGCUUCUCCGGUUGAUCUAGCAAGUUAAAGAAGUAUGCCUACAUUGUAACUCAAUAUUAUGGCUAUAACUGAUCAUGUAACUUUGAAAACCAGCAACCUUUGACGUCAACAUUCAUAUCGUGAUACGCUCCAUCACGAUACAAACGACGUAAAUCGGGCUUGUUCGACAUUGCAGGCGACUGCCGACUGACUGAUCCACAAAGAACAUUGUAUCAUAAAUAACUACUCAUUAUUAUUUGUAGAUCAGCGAGUCAUACUGGGACGGUGUUGAUCCUCUCGAACACGGCCAAUGUCUUCCUUUUACUUCUGCCGCCUCGACCAAUAGCGUCACGAGGUAUCAUCAAAGCUCGUCGUUUGUAGUAGACUGCUAGCUAAGUAAGUAGCCACCAAAGAAGCUAAGCACCGUCUGAUUUGAUUUCUCCCUGGGGUUUCGACGGUUUGGUUGAAAAAAAAACCAUUUGGGUCGGGAGACAGACGUUGUCCGUGUAACUGGGGCUGACACGGAAGAGGAGGGCUGUGUUGCAAUACGAAGCAGACAUCACCACUGGCUCCUCUUUGUUAAUUAGCUAGCUAAGUUCGCUAACUAGUCAGCUGAGCUGAUGGGAGUUCCUUCCUGUCAUUUUGAGUAUACGCCUGAUUAUAGACUGGGAAAUCACGCUAGUGAACAGAAGAGGAGCUUCGUGUGUGAUUCAAAGUAUAUGGACAUAGCUAGAUAGCUUGCAAGCUCGGUACACCCACACAUGUCUAUUGUGGCAAAGUUCAAUCUCCAACGUACCCGGUGGUUCUCUUGUUAGGCUCGCUAAUUAUUGAUCCUGGCAAGGGUAACAUGCAAGUAACCUGAUUGUUGUUGUCAAUGAGCUAUUUUGACAGCUAAGCCCAUCAACUGUAGUGGAGACAACCAGUUGUCAAGUCUCUGAACUCUAGUGCUUGUCCAUGAGACCACUUCAUGCAGGUUCCGUUAGAAGAAAUGCAUUGGACUAUAUGAUUUUUCAGGGACGUCAUUGAGAGCACAGGAACACCCACUUGUGUACAGACGUGUCAGAGAUUAAAUGGGUGCAAAGCUGUUUUGCUGGCCACAGAGUUCUCCUGGCAUUGCCAUGAUGCUGAGAGCCCUACUCCUUACAGGCCUUCUUAGCUGGGCCAAUGGCCAGGAAGGUCAGGCCAUGUUACCAGAAGAAAAGAGCAAAAUCAGGGACCAGAUCGUUGAGAUGUUCGAUCAUGCCUAUGGCAGCUAUAUGAAAUACGCCUACCCAGCGGACGAGCUGAUGCCCCUGAGCUGCAGGGGGAGGGUGCGUGGUCUGGAGCCCAACAGGGGAGACAUCGACGACUCUCUGGGGAAGUUCUCCCUCACUCUGAUUGACACCCUGGAUACUCUGGUGGUGUUGAACAAGCUGGACGAGUUUGAGGAUGCGGUGAGGAGGACGUUGAGGGAUGUCAGGCUGGACAACGAUGUGGUGGUGUCUGUGUUUGAGACCAACAUCCGAGUCCUGGGGGGCCUGCUGGGGGCGCAUACGAUGGCGGACAUGCUCCGUCAGCGGGGGGAGAGGAUGCAGUGGUACAGAGAUGAGCUGCUCCACAUGGCCAAGGAGCUGGGCAACAGACUGCUCCCUGCCUUUAACACCACCAGUGGCCUUCCCUACCCCAGGGUAAACCUGAGGUACGGGGUCCUUAAUCCCCUGUCACGCACAGGCACUGAGUCGGACACCUGUACAGCCUGUGCAGGGACCAUGAUUCUAGAGUUUGCUGCUCUCAGUCGGCUGUCUGGGGAGGCCGUGUUCGAGGAGAAUGCUAGGAAAGCCCUGGACGUCCUGUGGGAGAAGAGACAGAGAGGAAGUGACCUCGUGGGCACAGUCAUUAAUAUCCACAAUGGUGACUGGGUCCGCAGGGACAGUGGUGUGGGUGCUGGCAUUGACUCCUACUAUGAGUACCUGAUGAAGGCUUACGUUCUGCUGGGAGACAACGUUUACCUGGAGAGGUUCAACACUCAUUACAGAGCCAUCAUGAAGUACAUCAGCCAGCCUCCGCUGCUGCUCAACGUGCACAUGCACAACCCCACGGUGAGCGUCCGCAGCUGGAUGGACUCCCUACUCGCCUUCUUCCCCGGCCUGCAGGUUCUGAGAGGAGACCUAAAGCCAGCCAUAGAGACCCAUGAGAUGCUCUACCAAGUCACCAAGCAGCACAAGUUUCUCCCUGAGGCUUUCACCACCGAGUUCAGAGUUCACUGGGGUCAACACCCUCUGAGACCAGAGUUUGCAGAAAGCACCUACUACCUCUACAAGGCCACAGGCGACCCCUACUACCUCAGGGUGGGCCAGUCCAUAGUGGAAAAACUCAACACCCAUGCCAGGGUACCUUGUGGGUUUGCAGCUGUGCAGGACGUCCGCACAGGGGCCCACGAGGACAGGAUGGACUCGUUCUUCCUGGCGGAGAUGUUUAAGUACCUGUACCUUCUGUUCUCUGAGAAGAACCAGCUUCACUUCGACAUUGACGACUACAUCUUCACCACCGAGGCCCACCUGCUGCCUGUCUCCCUGUCCACCUCACAGCCCCCUUGUCGGGGCAACAACACGGAAGCGCCCACUGCCUUGGAGGAAGACCUGUUUACCUACUCCUGCCCCAGCACCCAGACCCUUUUCCCCAACAACCCCUCCUUCGCCAAGACCAUAAGGGACAGCUACAAGUACCUGACUGGGGUGGGCCGAGCCUUCCACGCUUCGCCUGUCAGGGGCAUCGAGCUGCCGCUUCACGACCACGGUAUGGAGCCUGUUGAGUUUCUGAGGAACAUGGGCAUCUCCCUCACCCCACUGAGUGAGGCUGGGGCAACAGGGACACUGGGGGAGGUACAUAAAGGUGUUUACAGGGUGAAACUGGUGGCAGAGGUGACCCAGACCACAGAGGAGGAAGAAGUAGAGCCCCUCCUCGUUCAGCUCAUAUCCCCCCCGUUUCUGGGUAGAACGGUCCUGACUGCAGGGCCAGCUAAGUUUGGAAUGGACCUUACCAAGCAGGAGCACGGGGUGAAGGGCAGCAUCGUGAAGACCUCCCCUUACACAGCGUGUGGACCCAUAGAGAAUGCUGAGGACCUGAGCGGGCACAUUGCCCUGGCACUGCGUGGCGACUGCAUGUUUGCUGCCAAGGCCCACAGGCUACAGGAGGCUGGGGCUAUCGGAGUCAUCUUCAUAGACCACCGGGAGGGGAGUAACAGUGCAGAGACGCCCCUGUUCCAGAUGGUGGGAGACGGAGGGUCCACAGCUGACAUCACCAUCCCCCUGGUGUUCCUAUUCAGCCAGGAGGGGGCGCUGCUCACCUCUGCUCUGGAGGACCACAGCAACGUCGAUGUACUGAUGCUGCCCAAAGAGAGGCGGCUAGGUAAGACAACGGACAAAGCAGACAAGCCCCUGGGGAAGAUGAACAUCAAGUUCCGCCUGGCGGAAGAGGGGGAGCUGGAAGACGGAGAGGCCAGAGGCCCCACCCUGCAGUUUGUCCUGGAGAAGGGAGAGGUAGUGUUGGAGGAAGAGGAGUACAAACAGCAAGGAGACAGUUGCUUGACACCUGGAGACGAUCAUAUGCCAUGUUUCUACGGACAAACUGCUGCCUCGCCUCCCUCCCACAGCGCCAACGACCCUAAUACAGACCCCUGAUCUCAGUUAGGUUCCUCAACCCCCUCCCACUGACCAAGGGCCUGGGCUCCCCAGCACUGAUCCCUGGUCGGUGUCCAGAGGCACGUUGAUGUGCCAGAGAGGGCCCUGCUGCACGCUCUGGACUGGACUGACUCAAAAGGGGACCUUAGCAGUGUGACAGUCAAUCCCAUUGACUCACUACCCCUUUUAAAAUCUGAGGGUGGUCUCGUACAGUUGAGUUAUUGGAACUGCAGUAUUUAUUAAUGUAUAGGAAGGGAUGGGCAUGGGGCAGGUAGCUAGUUAGUCUUACCUUGCUACUGUAGCCUCAAGCCAACUCAGUUGUGUUGUGGAGAUGACCGAUUUAGUCAGAUGAUUGUAAGAGAGAAUUGAUAACAACACAUUUCAGAGAAAUAGCUGAGGUAAGUGUGGGAGGGGAUAUUGGGCUGAUAUAGGGAACCCACUUUGUCUGAGGCCUUGUGUUUGAGUCUCUGUACUGUAGGCUAGAUUGUGUUGAGCGGCUGCACUGACAAGGGGAUUGUACUGUCCCCUGUAACAAGUUGGUAUCCUGUCAAUUCAGCGGCGUGUGAGUGAAUUUACAGUGUGGCUACUAGUGUUAUUUUGAAGAUGAAUAUGUGAGGAAUGGGCUCUCCUGACCAAAGGGAUGUGUUAACACUCACAAGAAUGCUUUUAGAAAAAGGACAAGGCGCCAUUUUGGGUGAACCGAUGAGUUCAAUUUUAUUUAUUUUGUACUGGUAGCUACAUCAGGGAAAUGUAAGAGUGAAAAAGAUGUGUGUGUGCAAUCGUUACUACACUACCAAAUCAAUACCUUUUAUCGACCUUAGUCCUGCAUGUUUCAUUUUUCAAAUGUCAGUCGGUUAUGUAAACACUACAUCAGUCCGAUUUCCGCAACAACUAAGAGCAUUGAAGCGCGAGGCUCAACUCCUCCGCCGUUUUGGGUCCCGUAUAAACCACGUUGUAACAUGAAGUGCAGCCGCGCUCAUGCGCGGAUACUGUGUGAGGAGAAAGUCUUGCACUGCGCUUCACUACAUUUUUGUAGUGCUGCUCAUGGCAACGUCAUGACGCUGAGUCUACCAGCUCUAGGUUGGUAAUCUGCCGAUCUUCAGCACUGCCCCUGUGCCACCAGACGGCCUAUAAUGCCAUGCACUUCAGCACACCGGCAUCUUCCUCCUAGAGCUAUCGUCAUGGUGGGACCAUACAUCCAGGGACUUCUUCCCAAGCAGCUCACAGCACAUCAAACACACCGUUGGUGUUUUCUCUGUUCGGUGUCCUCAUUGCAAACAUCCUUUGUAUGAUUCUUUGUGUGUGUGUGACUCUUUGUGUGUGUGACUCUUUGUGUGUGACUCUUUGUGUGUGUGACUCUUUGUGUGUGUGACUCUUUGUGUGUGUGACUCUUUGUGUGUGUGACUCUUUGUGUGUGUGACUCUUUGUGUGUGUGACUCUUUGUGUGUGUGUGACUCUUUGUGUGUGUGUGACUCUUUGUGUGUGUGUGACUCUUUGUGUGUGUGACUCUUUGUGUGUGUGACUCUUUGUGUGUGUGUGUGUGACUCUUUGUGUGUGUGUGUGUGACUCUUUGUGUGUGUGUGUGACUCUUUGUGUGUGUGUGUGACUCUUUGUGUGUGUGUGUGUGUGUGACUCUUUGUGUGUGCGUGUGACUCUGUGUGUGUAAUUCUUUGUGUGGACAGUAAGAACAUCAGACUGUUAUUUUUCUCUGUCUCCAUCUUUCUUUUUGCAUUAUGAGAUUACCUGGGCGUGUGUGUGUGUGUGUGUGUGUGUGUGUGUGUGUGUGUGUACCAAGACGAGUUAAGAUGCAGCAGCCAUAACGUUUCUAUUUGUAUGAUCAGAUGCAGUCACUCACAUCCGCGUAUUGUAUCAUUCCUGAGUCUCAAUAUUGAUCUGCCAGGUGUUUUAAUCACUUUUGCAUGGGUUUUAUAUUUAAUAUAUUUUAAGGUGUAAAAGUGGGUUAUAUUCCCAAUGUCCCUGUGGAAACAUGGGUACAAACCGUACCCAUGUAUAGAGAAAGUGUUUUGUCAUGACAGAGUACAUGAUUUCUUCACAGUUAAUGUUUUGUGUAGUAGACCUCUCAUUGUUGCUGCUUACUUCACUUGAAGUCUUAAUCCACCACAGCCACCUAUAAACAGUACUUGUUGAUUUCAAGGCAAAGUCCAUCUGUAUCUAUGGUUUCUGUGACCAUUACUGUUCACUCAGAGAAGAAAUGGACAUUAAAAAUGAUUUGUCUUUUUGGGACAUUUUGGAAAUGUUGACUGAUCCGGAUAACUGAACCUCAAAGUGCCAAAGUGAUUAUUUCUGAUAGUAGUAUCAGAUAAUGUACUUUGUCUUUUGAGAAGUAUUAUUUGAGCGCUGAAGCACCUGAUCUUGUCAAUAAAUUAAGAAUCAUGAUCUUA